UGGCGUCAUAAGGGACCAAUACUCGUGAUUAUAUGUAUUGAAGUUCACUUCUGAAUUAUGCGCUUACAACAUAGGCUGUUAUAAGCUACAGUGUUAGAAUUACAGAAUAACUGUACAAAUAUAAUAAGAAGAGCAUAUACUUAUAGAUAAGGUGGUCAAGGCAAGCAAGCUGGAUUUAGAUUUCAUUCUAAACAUUUAUCUAUUUAUUCAUCUUUUUAUUUAUUCACGUCUUAGCUCGAAUUUGUUACAAGUGUAGGAAUGUUUCACAUUUGGAACAAUUUGUCUGAUGCAAGUUUAAGUCACUACGAAACAUUUGUUAAUUCAAAACCUAUGUUACUGUUCUUAUAUCAAUUGAAAUAGCCAACCCCAAUACAUGAAGAAAAGUACACGUACUGAUAUGUUAUAGAAGCGCGUAGAAAGCUAUGUCUUUGAUCGGAAUUUUUCCCGCUCAGUAGAAAAUUGUACACAUAGAUAAAGUUUUACAAGUAUUGGACAUUUUCCUCAUGGCUACUCUGGGAGCCGAGUGUUGGUUGUUUUGAAUGUGGAAUAAGUUAGCGUAAAGCUAAGUGUGUUCAAAUAGUGUUGUUUUCAUAUGAGUCCUUCGUCGAUACUUACAAAAACAUUUAAAUACUGAAUGGAUACAAUAAUGGAAGAGUCCUUAGAAGGAGAAAUGGAAAAGACAAACGGGAACGUCAAAGAGAAUGGUCCAAAUCACACGGAUACUUAUAAAUCACAUAAUACAGCUGAAGCUUGUGAAAAGCUUCUAAAUCACACAGAUCAGAGCGAAAUGUCGGAAGCGCUGGACCACAGUGAUAAUCCAUCAAGCUCAAAUGACAGUGGUGCAAAUACGCCGUUUCUUUACAACGGAGACAAUCUUUCGGAUGAUUCAGACAGCUUCGCGGAAACUGAUGUCCUUCGCAGGAAGUCAAAUGAGAGUGUGUCACGUGAUCAUAGUGAAAAUAGUAACGACAGUGUUGAGACAAAUACGCUCCGGCAAAGAAUAGAAAAUGAUAGUGAAUCGAGUAACGAGGAAGAUGAUACUGUUGCAAGCAGAAUAGAUUUAGAAAAAAUCAGCAGCAUUAAAAGAAAAACGUCUGACAAUCAAAAUACUAAAAGAAAAGAAUCUUUUGAACAAAGGUUAAGACGAACGUUCACAAUCAAAGAUGCCCAUACGAGUGAAGUAACUAGACGUGUUCUUGCAAUUGUGAUAAAAUAUUCUCUAUUCAUCUUCAACUUUGUGUCUUGGAUUACAGCGGUAAUCGCUAUUGGGCUUGGGAUUUGGAUGCGUACAGAUAAAACUCUUCUUGUGACGUCAGAUACGGAAUUUUACCUUGAUUUGCCUUUGUUGACGUGUAUUGGUGGUGGUGUGACGUUUGUUGUGGCCUUCCUGGGAUGUGUUGGUGCCCUGAGAGAAAAUCUGAUUUUGCUCAGAGUGUUCUUUUACGUGCUAACCAUUAUACUUGUUGGAGAGAUGAUUCUUGCAACAGUAGUUUUUAUCAUUUAUACCGUGCCAGAAGCCAGAGAUAAUUUCCUUCGCUCCCAACCAGAAAAGAUUCUGUACUCGGCUAUACAGAGAUAUAUGGACGAUCUUGAAGUGAAAGCAUGGGUGGACAGAAUACAGUCUGAGUUUAAAUGUUGUGGUAUCAGUCAUACAGAUGAAGGAUUUCGAGAUUGGCAGAUUAGUCCAUAUUUUAACUGCACCUCAACGAACAUGAGCAUUUACCGGUGUGCCGUCCCAACCUCCUGUUGUAUAUUUGAAAAGGGAGAUAGAGUAAAUAUAAUGUGCGGGUUUGAAAUUACAGACAAACCGUUAAAUGAUGUUCGAGACUAUAUCUAUACAAGGGGUUGUAUUAUUGGUUUCGGAGAGUGGCUGGGAAAAUAUAAUGAUUUCAUAAUUAUUUCGUGCUUAUCAGUUAUUAUAAUGCAAUUUUUAGCUGUACUGUCGGCAAAAGUCAUGGUUGUACGAAUACGUAAACAAAGGUCUAGAUGGCGGGUAUUACAGAGCAAUUCUUCAUCAGGUGCAAAUACCAUGACAAGAACUGUAUAGCUGUGUCUAAUGUCUACUAUAAACAUAUAAUAUGGCAACAUGUCACAGCAACAGGCAGUUGCUAAUCGCACUAAAGUGGUGUACAUCAUGUUAAGAGCUUCUGAAACAAAAACAAGGACAAAUGUGAGAUAGAGACGACGAGAAGGUAAAAGAUGUAGCUUCCCCGAAUCCAAACAUACUGCAGUGUAUGUAUGAAUGUGUAACAAAAAGACUAAAGGAAAUACAUUAAUGACAAAGACGACGUAUACAUAAACGCGUUGGGGAACUACCGGCAAAAGCACCACUGGUGAGUUUAAACUGGUCAGUUGCGGUCAAACAGUCACUCCUAUUCCUCACUUUAAAGGGCAGUGUUAUCCCCGCCAGGUGAAUCUCGUGAUUAUUUCGCGACUAUGACCAGGAAGGACAAGUGAAGCAUAAAAUGCUAGUAUAAAAAUAUCAAAAUAACACCUUAAAAAGAUAUAUGCCUGUACUCCUUCGCAUAAAGCUGAGAAACAAGAGAAAAGUACAUUAAGGGUAAUAGGAAACAGGCUAGAAGAUGCCUUAUUCUCAUUAGACAGUUAUAGCUACUUAUCAUGUUGUCUACAUUCUAUCCAGACAACCGCAAUCGGAUGAAAUGUAUCGUUUCAACUAUUGAAGAACUGAACAUCAAAAUAGCUAUGAAAAUAACUUUUUUUACUGUACGAAAAUAGUUGGAACUUUCCACAUCCAGACUCAUGAAAUUUGUAAAUAGCUUCAUCAGAUAAGUAAUGUUAUGUUACACCUAGACAAAGAAAUGUCUUCAGAUGUCUGUAAAAUUCAAUACCAAGUCUGCAUUACGUUAUACAAAAUAUUUUCUUGGUUUAUGAAACCGGUAGCUGUGUUAAAGUAAUACUGGAAGCUGUUUUAGAAUCUACAAUACGAUAUUGUAUUCGCACAGAUUUUAUCUCGAUGCAAUACAUGCCUUUUGUUAUCUAUCAGCAUGCCAUUUGCUGGCAGAGGAGAGAUUUGUUUAGUAAGACAGAUGAUAUAAUGCAUGGUAGGGAUACAAUUUCCAACCUAGAAUCAUUUUGCUACAAUGAGUUACACAUUCAGAACUAUGUUAUGUUGGCGAAACACUAGGCAAUACUGGUAUUAUCAUGUACACAUUUCUUAUUGUUUUUUGUUUGUUUUAAAAGUACAGAAAUGACGGCUAGAUAUUACACUUGCUGAUCAUUUACCUGGAGCAAACAAACAAAGUGAAGAUCUGAACACAUUAUUUUUAUGUGUUUAUGUACUGACUACAAUGACACAUAUAUGUAAUGCUAUCUCAACCUCUCUUAUAAUCAUAUGUAAGAAUAAUAAACACACAGGGAACAAAUAAAACCAGAUAUUUUAACUUCUUUUGUACCUAUAUAUAGUUCCAUUUUUAGCACUG